AUGAAAAUUCGUCGUAAUAAUCGUUCAAGACCCGCGAAUGGGUUCUCAAUAUUCGUAAAAUUUUAUACUCGCAAAUAUAAAAACCAAAAUUCGCAAGAACGUAUGAAAAAUGCGAGUAAGAUAUGGAAAUCUUUACCUAACGAGGUGAAGAAUGAUUUUAUAAAAUAUGCUCACGAUGAACAUAUUUUGAAAGUAACCCCACCAGUAGUCUCGAUACCCACCGAAAGUGCCGAGAAUCGUAAACCCCCGAUUUUCAUCUUUGAUGAAAAAAGUACUAAACCUCAUUACGUCAAAAGUACCGAGACUUCUAAUCCUUUCUCCUCAUUGGAAGAAUUUUUUGAUUUUGAAAAAUACAUAAAUGAUAAUGAUAAUUAA